AUGUUCCCCCAGCUGACGGAUCCCGCCGCGAACGAGAGCUGCCAGGACUCCGGCGCGGCGUGCAACAGGAGCGCCGGCGGAGACGCGCUCGAGCUGCCCACCUUCUCCACGGCGGCCAAAGUCCGAGUGAUCAUCACCUUCACCCUGUGCGCGGUGUCGGCCGUGUGCAACCUGGCGGUGCUGUGGGCGGCCAGCAACGGCGGGAAGCGCAAGUCUCACGUGCGGAUCCUCAUCAUGAACCUGACCGUGGCGGACCUGCUGGUGACCUUCAUCGUGAUGCCGGUGGACGCGGUGUGGAACAUCACGGUGCAGUGGCAGGCCGGGGACGUCGCCUGCAGGCUGCUGAUGUUCAUGAAGCUGGUGGCGAUGUACUCGUGCGCCUUCGUGACGGUGGUCAUCAGCCUGGACAGGCAGUCGGCCAUCCUGAAUCCCCUGGGCAUCAGCGAGGCCAAGAGGAAGAGCAAAAUCAUGUUGACUGUCGCCUGGACCAUGAGUGUCAUCCUGUCGCUCCCCCAGAUGUUUAUAUUUCACAACGUGACCAUCACGGUCCCGGAGAACUUCACCCAGUGCACCACCCACGGCAGUUUUGUGCAGCGCUGGCAGGAGACACUCUACAACAUGUUCACGUUCGUGUGCCUCUUCCUUCUGCCUCUGGCCAUCAUGAUCUUCUGCUACACCCGAAUCCUCGUUGAAAUCUCCAGCCGCAUGGCUCGCAGUAACUUGCUGUCUCGAGACGUUCAUCUCCGUCGAUCCCACAACAACAUCCCUAAAGCUCGGAUGAGAACGCUGAAGAUGAGCAUCGUCAUCGUGACGUCCUUCAUCAUCUGCUGGACCCCGUACUACCUGCUGGGCCUGUGGUAUUGGCUGUUCCCUGAAAAGAUGGAGGAGACCGUCUCUCAUUCGCUGACUCACAUGCUGUUCAUCUUCGGUCUCUUCAAUGCGUGCUUGGACCCCAUCACCUACGGCCUGUUCACCGUCCACCUGCAUCAGGGCCUCAGGCGGUGCCGGCAGAGUUCAAACACAAGGACUGAGAUGGAAAACAACACGUGCCUCAUUCAAAUGACUUGCCAGCUGUCCCGCAGGCGGACCGCUUCGGCUUGUCAGACCGCGCACUCGGACGAGCUCAACGACAGCAGCAGCGCAAAGAUCGUCCCAAGUUCUGUUUUUCCGGUCAGCAAAAUAUAG